AUGUUCUCCGGACGUUUCUUGCAGCGCGCUGCCCGGGCGUCCCCGCGGGCGGGGCGCUGUUUUGCGAGCAAGCCGAAAUGUGUGAUGCUGAACGCGGCGCGCUUGGACUUCGAUGGGCGCAUGGACUGGAGCAAGGUCACCAACGCCACGGAGUUCACCAGCUUUGACAUCUCCGCCACAGAGGAGAUCGUGCCGCGGUCGCAGGGCAUGGACAUUGUGAUGAACAAAGAGUUCCCCAUCCCGGGCGACAUCAUCCGCGCCCUGCCGGCCUCGGUGAAGCUCAUCGCCGAGGCAGGUACCGGAUACAACAACAUCGACUUGGAGGCGUGCCGCGAGAGGGGCAUCGGCAUUUGCAACGUGCCGGAGUACACCACCGAGGCCAUGGGGGACUAUGCCAUCACUCUGGUCAUGGCGCUCUCCUGCUCAUUGGCCCCCCAGAUGAAGGCCUUGGCCAGGGGCGACAGGACCUAUAUGCACCAAUGCCACCUGGGGCACUUGGACCAUUUCGAGAUCCGCGGCAAGACCUAUGGCAUCAUCGGGGGCUUGGGCUACAUCGCCUCCAAUAUCUCCAAGAAGGCGCUCCAGCUGGGCAUGCGUGUCAUCGUCUCGGACAUGCCUUCCACACCCUUGGGCAUGCGGGACUCUGGUGUGGAGGUGGUGACCAUCGAUGACCUCCUGAAGAACUCUGACUUCAUCAGCCCCAUGGUUCCGCUGAACAAGCACACGACGGGGCUCUUGAACAAGGAAGCCUUCGACAAGAUGAAGCCGUCGGCCUACGUCAUCAACACCGCGCGGGGGCCUAUCGUGGACCAGGCAGCGCUCAUCGACGCCCUGCGCAGCAAGAAGAUCGCGGGGGCCGCGUUGGACGUCUUCGGCGCCGGCUCCGCGCCCCCGCCGCCGCUGCCGGACGACUCCCCACUCUACGAUGUCUUCAACGAGUUCGAGAACGUGAUCCUCACGCCGCACAUCGGCUGGCAGCGAGUGGAGGCCCGCCAGAGGGUGGUGGAUGGCUGCGGCGACAACAUCGCCAAGUUCACACGAGGAGAAGCCAUGAACAUCGACAUGGCGACAGGAAGCUCGGCGCACGACGAAACUCCGGAGCCGAGCACGAGACGUAUCGGUGCGAAGGAAGCUGCGCCGGAAGGAUACUCCUGUCCCCCGGUGCUUAACAAAUAUCGGGGACUCCUGUUCGAGGAAGGCAAGUUCCCCACCCGGAGGGUUUCGGAGAUCCGCGUAGAGGAGGAGCUUGAGCUGCAGGAUGGGCAGGGCCUUUUGGAGGCUCAGCCAGCCGAAGCAAGGGAGGCGCACUGGCUGCGCCGUCUUGGCCGCAGAAAAUGCGCCAUCGCCGUGCUGCUCCUGAUAGUGCUGCUAGCGCCGGUGCCAGGCUUGGAUUCGCGGAGCUUCUUGCGAGGCCUGCUGCAGAAUCCUGGCGUGAGGAGUCUAGAGGUGGAGCUGCAAGGUGCGAAAGACCUUCCGUUGGUGCAGUUGGGCCACAUCAGCGACGCGGCGGGAAGCGUGCUGUGCGUGGUGGACGUGGCGCGGAAGACGGAGUGGAAGAGUCGCGUGAAGCGCUGGCGACAGAGCCGCUCUGCGCGGCAGCGCUGCAAGCUAGGCCAGCAGGGCGUCACCCCGAAGGUUCGCAGUUUUCUCUGUGGACUGGCCCGCAUUUUGGUGGCGUUGUCGGAGGACUGCGUUUUGGCAGGCUUUGGGUCGGCUGCGCCUGUGCAGCAAGAGGAGGCCAUGUGGCGGCUUCUGAGCCAUCUCGGUGUGCGUGGAGGGGACGGCGGCCUUGUGAAGUUGCUGGUGGUGCGACACCUGCAGACGGUUGGGUGCUGUCCUGGCCCUCUCGUGGUCAUAGGGGAGGGCGCCAAGAAGACCUGGCGCGCUCUCAGGAACGUGUGGGAGCUUCUCACCGCCACUCGGUCGCAUUGCAUGGUCAUGAGAGACCUCACGCGCUACCACCUUGGGGAGCGCUUCGCCAUGUUCGUGUGCUUCCAGACCCUGGAGCACAUGGCUUGUGAAAGCAGGAAGUUAGAAUGCGGCCACUCCGGGCGGACAUAUGAGCUGAGCGACGGGUAUAUGGAACUUUGGCGAGCCUUUUCUGCCGCAGCAGGUUUGCCGCCGGUUGGUGCUGGCUGCGGCGCGCCUCCAUGCAUGCAGAUGAACUGCGGCGAAGAAGCCGAAAAGUUGGUAGAUCUCUUCGAGAGUCUACUUAUACGGUGGCAGCUGAAAGUACGCGGAGAGGGCAAGGUGCAGGGCCUCCAGCGACUGCUGCGCCCGGGGGCGCGACGGUUGUGGCAGUCGAGGCGCGGGGUGUGCGCGACGGGAGGCGAGAAGCGUCUUUGCACGUGGACGUACCAGAUGGACAAGUGCAGCCUGGCAACGUGGUGCCAAGUGCUCUCUCGAGGGGUGGUGGACGCGCGAUGUGCGUGCUCCUGGCCGUGGACCGCGACCUCGGUGACUUGCAUGUCGCAGCACGUGGGGCAACGGGCAAAGAGCUUUCUUCUCUCUGUGAUCGCGCACACACUGUUGCCCUCCGACAAGGGACUGGGCUGGUUGGAUUGCGAGACCAUCCACGGAGAGUGGGAGAGGGCCACCGGCUCCUGUGGGCGCGUUCACUUUGCCUACACCAGGGCGGUCAACAUGGCGAUUCAGCAGCCUCGUCUGCCGGACCCAGGCGCUGCUGCGCAGCUGGCAGCAACAGCGUACGCCCAGUUCGUCGUAGGCACGACGAGUGCGGCGGACAGUGCGGUGACUACGGUGGGCGUCGCCGCGGACAGCGCCGCCAUGGCGGUGGCGGCGGCGCAGACGGUCACCGAAGUGUCGGACCCAGAGAGCUUCCUGAAGGACCGAAAUGCAAAGAAGGCACGCAAGGAGUCCAUCGCCCAAGAGGUGCGUUCGGACGCCUAUUUGCAGACUCUGGACUAUCGUAUCGAGCUGGACCCCAAGCGAGAGGGCGUGCCGCCCAACGUGAAGCUGGAUGGUAUGUACAAGUUUGUUGAUGGAAUGGAUGCCAAGAUUCCCGAUGGCGCACCGUCCUUGACCAAUUGCAAGAAGUUGGUGGUGGAAGGGCCGGCGAAGUUUCCAUCCGGUGUCGCCAUUGAGGGAGAGGUCACGAUCAAGAACGCAAGCAGCGAUGUGAAAUCGGUGCCAGCGGGUGUCCACAAGGAGACGACCCUGGAUCUGUGA